UCGAAUCGAACUGCCACUACCGUCCAACUGAAUAUCUCUCCUUCCUUACGUCUCUCUCUCUGCUCGCACAUUUGAUCUGAUUUAGUAGUUAUUUACAUUAAAUUGUAGAACCUUGAAGUGUACUAUUUGUAAUUGCACCGAAUACCUACAGAACAGAGUUUCCUACCGAUUUUCGGCUGCUUCCAUGGGUUGCUCCUCGUCGCUUCCAGAUAAAACCGUUGGGCAAGCAGUCGGUUUAAACCCGGAAAAUGGUGAGGUGAUUGAUACGAAAAAUCUUCGCGUUAAGUUGGUGCUGUUAGGUGAUUCUGGGGUCGGGAAGAGCUGCAUUGUUCUUAGAUUUGUUCGUGGUCAAUUUGAUCCAACAUCUAAGGUUACGGUUGGAGCCUCUUUCUUGUCUCAGACAAUAGCCUUACAAGAUUCAACCACAGUGAAAUUUGAAAUAUGGGAUACUGCCGGUCAAGAAAGGUAUGCAGCUCUGGCACCAUUGUAUUAUCGAGGGGCUGCAGUUGCAGUUGUCGUGUAUGAUAUAACUAGCCCUGAAUCAUUCGCUAAGGCACAGUAUUGGGUCAAGGAAUUACAAAAGCAUGGAAGUCCUGAAAUAGUCAUGGCUUUGGUUGGUAACAAGGCCGAUCUCCACGAAAAACGAGAAGUACAAUUUCAGGAUGGGAUUGACCAUGCCGAAAAGAAUGGAAUGUUCUUUAUUGAGACUUCAGCGAAGACAGCAGACAACAUAAACCAGCUUUUUGAGGAAAUUGCCAAGAGAUUGCCACGCCCUUCUCCUUCCUGACCAUUCAAAGUUGAACUACAACAUCGUGUUAAUUUUUGCUGUUACUUCAAUCUGCCUGUAUUCAAAUGUAUAUUCUACCGUGCUGUUUUGGGUUGUAUGUUCAUAUACAUAAGAUCCCUUUUUUAUCAUGUACAAUACAAGCAGUUAUUUCUAUACUUGUAUUCAAGAUGGACCUAAGUAUCCAAUAAGUCUGCACUGUCACUUGUGGUGUUAAA